UGCCUGUUUUGGCUUCAGCAGAUGGAUAAUGAGGAGCGCUGGAGAGGAUGAAGGGUUAAAAUGCGGCCGGGGAAACCUGACGCUAAUUAGAUCUCCGGAAUGCCACUCAGACACUGAAGUGCAGGGUCUCUGAGUGGGUCAUGUUCCAAUUCCUUUUAGUCCGACCGAACCCUGGAGCUGAAAGCUGCAUCAUGGUUUUGUUUGGAAUGGGGAUUUAAUCUGGAAAGCUGUAAAUAACUGUUUUUUAUUGCUAAAUGCAAAAUGGUCUUACUUUUCCUGGCGGUGCUGCUCUCCAUGGACAGCGUGGCGCCCGCUUUGGGGGAUUUCUGCCGGGGGUCGCACUGCUCUGGCGGGGGAACGGAGGAUCCAAGACCGUGUACAGGAGCGCAGUGUCCAGGGAGCAGAUCCUCCAGGCUCCCCCGGCAGUUCAACCCAGCGCCGCAGUGGAGAACCGGACACGCAGCGGCCACCCCGCACCCUGUGCACCCGAGCCCGCAGAGAGCGCCUCUGGAGACCGACCCGCAAGGCGGUGGCGGCGGAUGCUCCGACACGGGCUGCACCCGGAUCCGGCUCCAGCAGCCCCGGAAUGAAUCCAGAGACUGCCGGGGGAUCGAGUGCCGGCUGCCGCUGAGGAUCCGGCCCAAAGUCCGGGGGGGUUCCUGCGUGGGAGAGGAAUGCUCGGCCGCGGCGGAGGCGGACAUGUCCUCGGUCUACCUGUCCGACAGAGCCGCGCAGUUUCUGGGAGACUAUCCGGAGUUUGGACAUGCAGCCUCGGAGCUCGGCGGGGCUCCGCUGGGAGUCCAGCUCACAUGUGACAUAAAGCCAGGGGAGAAUGAAGUCCCUUCAGAAGACGCCCUCAUCCUGCACCUCCAGCUGGCCAAGGGGCAGGAGAAGCUUGUUGAAGCCCUCCGAGCCCAGCAGGUCGUAAUCCGUGACCUGCAGCAGAAGCUCGUCGACCAGCAGGAGGCGCUGCUGUCACAGCAGCGGGACGUCCUGCAGCAGCAGCGGCACAUGUACGAGCAGAUGGAUGCGGUGAAAAACCAGUUCGGCCAGCUGCUGGAGACGAUCAAGCAGGCCUCCUUCCGGGGCCUGCAGGGGGAGCUGCAGAGCUACUUCGAGAAUCACUUGGCGGGACUGCAGAGUCAGGCCCGCAGCCAUCUGCAAAAAUCCUACGCUGUGCAUAAAAUGGACAUUGACUCCAAAGUGAUGGAUGUUGUGGGAGAGACUCAUUUCCCGCAACCUCUGCGUGGCUGCCGAUCGCCCUGCGGAUCAGAGGAGUUCUGUGAUUUUCAGAGGGAUCCACCGCAGUGUGAGAAAUGCACCAUGUGUCCGCCGGGCUUCUUCCUCAUCGCGCAGUGCUCACAAACUGCAGACAGAAUGUGCCAGGACAGAGACGAAUGUCUUGAACUACCACAGAUUUGCGGAGAGCGAGUGAAGUGUCUCAAUACUCCUGGUGGUUUCAAGUGUUUGGGGGUUUCAGAGAGAAAAGCAGUGACAGGUCUUUGUGGUUCUGAAUACUUCUACAACCAGGAGCUCCAGGAGUGCCAAGCCUGCUCAGAUUGCGAUGGGGAGCCUUUGGUCGCCCCCUGCACAGCAAUUAGCGACGCAGUCUGCGGCCAGAUUUCAGAGAACCAACUCUCCCAGAUCUGGAUGGCAAAGGUGACGCUACCUCCUGCAGGUACGUCUAGCACCCACAUCUUUCCUGGUCUGCAGCUCAACAUCCGAGGCAAAGAGAGCAGUAGACUUCUGUCCAACGAGAGUGGAAGAGUGACAUUCCUCCAGCACGGUUUGGUGUGGCUGGAUCAUAACUUUGCUAUAAAGCACAGCUGCAGGAACUUCCUCCAGGUCGGGAUGAGACUCAACAGGAGCCAGGAAGAAGAAGGUCAGGACCUCAGCGGCGUCCGCAUCGAGCAACCGGAUGGGAAGUACUUCCAGGGGGUGAGCGUCAGUAUUGGCGUGGAGGUUGAACCCAACCACAUCUUCACUCUGCUGCUGAAGAGUCCCAACCAGCACUGCAAUCAGAGCAAAGACCUUCAAGUUUUUGAUGUUCCCACCCCGUCUCUGAGUGUCCUCUGGUUGUCUCAUGAUACCGGUGCUGUUGCCAUGAUGGCCCAGAUGUCCCUGCUGGCGCACUACCAAACCAGCUACCGCCCGACUUUCCGCAUCACGACAGUGUCCGACCCCUACAUGGUCAGCCUGACUCACGAUAGCCGUGGGGUGCGCUUCACGGAGAGCGGAGUAGUGAAGUUUGUCAUUCAGCAGGCGUUUUACUCCAUGGGUCACACCUGCAUUCGCGAAGGUUUCUCCCUGAUCACCUACACCACCCGGAACACCACUGGACUGAAGAUGAUGCAAGCCUUCAAGACGGGUGUGAACUACAGGGAUACUUCCAUCGCGCUCUCUGGCGCAGUGACAGUAGAGAGCAAAGACAUCCUCACUUUUGAGAUCACGUCUCCGUCGCAGUGCAAUAUCCGGUACUUUGGGGACAGCACCGGGAUCAGUAUCUUGAGUCUGAUCUGGAUUCCCUCGGCUGUGUCGUCAGCCUUGACCGCCACAGUUUCACGGACCGGUCUUCCCUCCGGAGCCGUCAGGAAUAAACCCCUGUUGUUUCAGCAGAUCAGUCCGGAUACGCCGCAGGUCCAUCUGGCUCGCUCUGGGGACUCAAACGCCAGAAGGAACUUCGUCUUUCAUGAGCAGGGUACAGCAAACAUUGCCCUCAACCUCAAACUGAUCCACUCAUGUAAUAUAGUCAAACUGACUCUGCAGAGGGUCGGAGGUCAGCAGGCCGGUCCUGUGGCUCAGCAGGUGUCUGGAUCAAUGCCUGAAGGCAGCGAGUGGACUAGCAUCGGGCUGAGAGCCUCUUUUCAGGUCCAGAAUGGCACAGCUGUUUAUGUUACUCUGGACUGUAUCAGAGGACGUGUAAACCAAAUAACACAAGAGGGUGGCACAAAUAUUUCAAUUCUCUGGGUCGCUCUGUGAUCCAGGAGGAUGGAUUUCUACCAUUUUCAGGAAAUAUUUUGUGAAAACUCAAAGAUUUUUUUGUGCUAUGUAGUAGUGCUGGACAAUAUGGCUGAGAAACAUACCAUAAUAUAAGCAUUUUAUAUCAGUCAAUAUCGAUAAUCAUUAAUUAGUUUUUUGUUUUAAGUAUCUGAAAUGCUGCCAAACUGAUGCCGUCACUUUAUCCACAGUUUUCACACCGUGCUAUUGUCUUUUUUUUUUGAGUGGCUGAAAUUUAAAUUGUUGCUGCACAAGUGACUCAGCAGGUUGUUGCUAGGUAACCACAGAGUGAGUGCGUUAGUUGAUUCCAUUAACAUAGCUUAGAGCUUGAGGAGCUAGCUAAGGUAGCAGCUAACUCAAAAUCUCUGCCUACAUAUCCCAGAAUGCUAUGCGGUUCUGGGUCAGACUUCAGUGAAUAUUCUACAUAUUGAAUAUUCUAUCAAACAUUUUAUCUAUUGAUAUUGAUCACGUGUCUUUAGUGAUAUUGUUGUUGAUUUAUUGUCCACCAUCCCUUUUUACUAAAGUAUGAAUAUUGACUGAAUUUGUGCUUUAAAUGAAUGGUUUUCCACUUGUUCAAGCAUUUAUAUUUUGGGAGUUUGUUCAAGUGAUGCUUUUUCCUGAAGUCCUUCAGCUGAUUGAAAAGUGACCAAUUUAAAGUCUGAGUGUUUUCAUAUCUGUCAGACUGUGUGCAUACAGUGAGUGAUGCUUGAAUAUAUUGUAUGUAAACAAUCAUUGAUAGGCUUUAUUUUCUAAUAAUGCAUUGAUAAUUCAAUUUUUAUAUUUUUUUUAUUGCAGAAUAUUAUAUUUAAUGUAUCUUUUGUAUGUAUGACUUUAAGGAUAAGGUACACAAGGGCUUCAGUUCUACUCUAUAGUUAAAAAUGUUCAUUCUAGUCAGUAUUAAUGAAAACAGUGUUCAGAUGCCAUGUACCUUUAUUUACACAGAAUAACUUCUUGUUCUCUCUGUUAGAUUUAUGGUCACCUAAAGUGAAUUGAAACAGCAUUCUUACAGAUUUCUUGUUUUUCUUCAAUAUCAUGUAUUCAUGUAUUGAAUAUCAUGUAUUCAUAUUGUGAAGAACUGCCUGGACUGCAAUAGGACUUAGCUAACUAUUUAAGUGCCGUUCAUUAGGAUUUGUAUGCGUGUAACAUGUUUUGUGUCACUUGUUGAAUACUGACGUAAAAUGUUGAAGGUGGGUAAGUAAAGAGGUGGUAAUAAUAGGAGCCUAUUAUUACAAAACUGCUUCUAACUUCCUUUGGCUUUGGGCAGAAGUAAUGUUUUGCUGUUGCGAUGAAAACAAUUUUAAAUCUUCCGAGUAGCUGAUAGUAUGGUUAUUACAGUUUUUUCUGCAGAUAUUCAUAAAGCCGUUUAAACAUCGAUUGAUGGAUUUCAGGCCGUGAAGAUCUGCUGUACUCUGCUGUACUUAGUGAACUACUUCGUGUUCACUAAGUAGUGAACUGAAUCGUAGUAGAAGAUCGGAAACAGCUUGUCCACAUCAUCUAUAGUUUUCCAAUGUAACAGCAGCCAUUUUGUAAUUGGUCAAGAGUCUGGAAGUCAUGGUUGAUAGGCUGGCGCUUGCAGCCAAUCAAGGAGUUCCGUUUAUUUUCCCUGUGUGCUGAUUGGCUGAACCCCCAAAGAGUGAAAAUAAGGAAGACUGUGGAUAUUAGCUUCUACGGUAGUUGCAUAUUAAUGAAGAUUUAUUGUUGGACCUUAAAAAUAGGCAAUUAUAAGCAGUGACUGUCUAAUGGAUAACUUUUUAACUUUUUUUUUCUGAUAAAAAAUAAGUGGUUGAAGAUAAACAGAGUUGGAUUUUAAAACAGAACUGCCAUGCUAAGUUUGGUUAGCCUCUUAUUUAUCAUCUUAAACUUUAUAAACUGUUAAAAACUGAAACCAUUCCUAUGUUGCUGAGAGACGUUUGUUGACAAAAACUUUCAGUAAAGCAACAAAGGGUUUAUGCAGUGUUUACAGGACUUUAAUGUUUUGCAUCACAAUAAAAAUAUAAAGUUUGCUGUCAAACAUGCAGCUAUAGCUUCUGUAUCAGGUAUAUUUAUGCACAUAUAGCAUUAUGUUUAAUGCACACAUCUGUUAUUUUGGAGAAAGAAAAGUUUCUCAGUAAAAAGCUGUUCACACUUAAUGUUGCUUAUUGCUUCUCCGUGUGUUUUGUCCAAACUGUUAGAGACAUAAUGAAGUGUUGGGGAGACUUGGCAGCAGCUCUCACUUCAGCGUUCUCAUUUCUGUUUUAAAUGCGUUUUUAUUCAACACCAAAUUAUAUGUGCUAUUUUGCCAGAAACCAAAUUCCAUCGAUUCCUGUAAAAUAGUUUUCCUGCUGGAUUUAAUCUAUGUACAUUUAUUAGAUGAAACACCUUUAUGGUAAAGCCAAAACAUAUGGAAGAUAUACUUUAUCAUUGGUGCAGUAGGUUACUUUCUGGAACUGAUGUGGCCCUUUUUCUGACCUUUUUCUGUAUGAAAGUUAAUGGGCACCUAGCAGGAAAGUAAUCGGUACAUUUAGGGAAAUACAUGCUAGCAGGUUCUAGAAACAUUACAUGUUCUCUGAAAAUACCAGGAAAAUUGCUGAAUAAUUUAGGAAGUGCCACAUUACAAGUCACUUUAUAACACAAACUGGUUUUUGGGAAAUGCUUCGUAAAUUUUAGAAAAACAUUUUUGUAACAUUAAGGAAAGUAUCUGGUGAGUUUAAGGUAAUUAAGUAAAAUUACAGUUUCAGGAAAGCAGUAAGUUCUCAGAAAGCACCAAGUUAUACUUCAGCUCAUAAUCUAGUAUGUUUUUUUAUACAAAAAAAGCCACAAUGUUUAUUUAAAGUUCUAGGAAAGUACCUUGUUAAUCCUGGGAAAGUAUAAAAUAAGUUUAAAGGUAACCAUUUAAUACAGAAAGAUUUCCACAAAUUGCUUGUAAAUUUCAGAAAAGUGCCUGUAAAUUUUAGGUGAGUAACAGGUAAGUUGUAGGAAAGUAUUUGGUAAAUUCUAAGAAAGUAUCUCAAUUUAUAUUCUAGCCUGAUUUUUGAAAAUAGUAAAAAAUAAUUAGGAAAGUACUCAGUAACCUGCAUGUUAAAUUUUGCGACAGUAACCUGUAAAUUUAAAGUCGAAAGAAAGUAUCUAAUGAGUUUUAUCAUUAUACAUCAUCUCAUAAUAUAAACUGCGUUUCCAUUGAUUAUGUAAUUGCGGAAAUUGGAAUUACACAUAUAAAUUAAUUGAAUAAAAAAGC